CACUCGGGGGGCGGGUGCAUUAGCCAAGGCCAGAGUUACGACACGGACAGAGGACGCGUGUUUGUAAAAGUGAACUCCAAGGCGGAGAUUUUAUUUUUAGGUAAUCUCUACACCCAACAUGGGGCCCGAACUCAACCCUGAGAUCAAGAGCCACAUACUCCACUGACCAAGGCAGCCGUGAGCACCCCAAGUCCAUUUUCUUAUUGCUAAUCUUCCUUAUGCCAAAAGAAUGUUUGAAGGAGAGAUGGCAAGUUUAACGGCCAUCCUGAGAACAGGCACAGUGAAAGUGCCCAAGCCCAUCAAGGUCCUGGACGCCCCAGGAGGCGGCAGCAUGCUGGUGAUGGAGCAUUUGGACAUGCGCUCUCUCAGCAGCCAUGCUGCAAAGCUUGGAGCCCAGCUUGCAGACCUGCAUCUAGACAACAAGAGGCUUGGGGAGACGCUCCGGAAGGAGGCCGGCACCGUGGGGAGAGGAGGCGGGCAGGCGGAUCGGCCCUUCGUGGACCAGUUCGGGUUUGACGUGGCGACGUGCUGUGGGUACCUACCCCAGGUCAAUGACUGGCAGGAGGACUGGGUUACCUUCUACACCCGGCAGCGCAUUCAGCCCCAGAUGGACAUGGUGGAGAAGGGGUCUGGGGACAGGGAGGCCCUGGAGCUCUGGUCUGCUCUGCAGCUAAAGAUCCCUGACCUGUUUCGUGACCUGGACAUCGUCCCAGCCCUGCUCCAUGGAGACCUCUGGGGAGGAAACGUAGCAGAGGACUCCUCGGGGCCCAUCAUUUUUGAUCCGGCUUCUUUCUACGGCCACUCGGAAUACGAGCUGGCGAUAGCCGGCAUGUUUGGGGGCUUCAGCCGCUCCUUCUACUCCGCCUACCACAGCGCAGUCCCCAAGGCCCCGGGGUUUGAGGCACGCCUGCAGCUGUAUCAGCUCUUCCACUACUUGAACCACUGGAAUCACUUCGGAUCAGGGUAUAGAGGGUCCUCCCUGAGUAUCAUGAGGAAUCUCAUCAAAUGAGAUUUGAUUCAGGUGCUAACCUGUGGCCGGCUCCUCCUGUCCCCAUAGUCCUCUUCGUCAGGCCUUCCUCCCCGAAUCUUGACUAAUUUCCCAAGCCUUGUAGAGUACGAGGGAGAAAGGUUUCAUCCUCCAGAGGUUGUACAUUCCAUUAGACUUCACUGCUGGGUAAAGUGUCACCGGAAAUUCGGUGUGACCAGAGGGACCCACGCGGCGUGUGGGCAGAAUCAAAACCACUGCUGCCCCGAGGGCCGAGGAAGGAAGCGGCCGGCGUGCCCGGAGCUGCUGAGGACCCUUCCCCGGCUCCGCCUGCCUCGUCUCCAGGGGGGACUCUGGUGCUCGGGAAGAUGCCUCUUGAUGAGUUAGACUCAGUGUAGACAUGAGACCCUACUGAGGACGUCUUCUAAUGAUCAGUUUCAAAGCCAGCGCGUUCCCUUUCUUUCUGUGCCGCCUCCGCGCAGGCUGAGAGGUCUGGAAGCUGAUUCUGGAAGUGAGCAAGCUGCUGGUCUUAGGUGAAUUUAGGGUCCUCUGAAUCGCUCCCGUUAGCACCCCAUCUUGUCUGUUUCAAAGCUUCCAGAGUUGUUCUUUGCGUAAAAAGUGUGCUAAACCAGUGGCUCUUCCUUCCUCGGUCUUGCAGAGAUGCGAAAUAUUCAUGAGUGGCAUUGAUGCUAAUAAAUCCUUUUGCACAAAAAUUGGAAUAAACUUUUAGUGGUUUCCUUUA